AUGCCGAAAGCGAAGUCGUACACUAGGAAAAACUUUUACGCCGUCAGGGUCGGGCGUGAAGGUCCUAAAGUCUACACGACAUGGGAAGAUUGCCUUAGGAAUACGAGCCGCUUCCCCGGUAACUCCUACAAAGGGUAUGCGACCUUGAAAGAAGCUGAGGAUUGGAUUGCUCCAUUUGUAAACAAUGCACCACCACCCGCACCGACUGCACCGUCGCGGCCUCCUAGACCGCAAGCAAACGUCGCGCCACCAGCGCCUUCUCAACUGAAAGACACGCCGUCGGUUAAGCUCUCGCAAACACAGCAGCAGGUGUUCAACCGCGUGAAGAAAGGGCAAAAUGUCUUCUUCACCGGUUCUGCGGGUGCGUCCACGUUGUUUCUUCUUCCUAUUCCUGCUCAGCUCGCGCGCCCACUAGGAACGGGAAAGUCGCUCCUCAUGCGCGAAAUCAUCAACUACAAAGGCGGGAGAAUAUCCACUCGGCUAGCCAUCACUGCCGCGACCGGUAUCGCUGCAUGCAACAUCGGCGGCACGACCUUGCAUUCCUGGGCGGGUAUCGGCCGGGGCAUCAAGGAUGGCUGGGACUUUGCGGGUAAGAUGCUUGGAUUGGGGCAAACUGUCAUGAAGAAAGUGCUGGAGAGGUGGCGGAUGGUGGACACACUCAUCAUCGACGAGAGUGAGAGUUUUUUCCUGCACGUCCUGCCUUCGAAGGACUGA